GAAUAUUCGGUCAACUCUGGCGCGCGCCAUUAUGGAAAAUGAUUCUUUGUUGACUUAGUAUAUUGAGUGGUUGUCACGUGACCUGCCUAAUAAAGCGGACCGGUAUACUCGGGGUAGUUUAGUCGAGGCCAGCACUGGGUCUUAACGAAAAUACCACGACUUAUCCAACUCACAUCAAACCGAUUUGAAACAAUCACGCUUAAAGAUGCCGAGAUCAUUUUUGGUCAAGAAAAAACGAGCGAAACUCGCCAACGGAGAAAGCGACGACCCGGCGGAGCUAAGUCAACAUGAAGAUGCAGAAGCUGAUGGAGAAAGCCAAAACAAAGACGAAAGGGCAGAAGACCCGCCUUGUAAGUCCCCAGAUGAAGAGCGAACCGACCCUAAUCCUAACUCCACGACUGAGCUGGCCCCCAUGGAUAAUACCAAAGACGAGGAUAUCGAUGAGUUCUUCCGAAACCUAAAGACCCGAAUCAGCGCAGGAGCACUUUCGAAUUAUCAGAAGGAAACCGACAGAGAGAAAGAGUGCCAUAUACCGCCACUAAAAGAUCUCAUUGCUACCAAGACGCCAUCUUAUCUACUAGUGGAGGAUAGGUCACGAGGAAUUCGAUUAGAGUGGGCUUCGGCCGGUUUAACAGCAGGCUCUAUACCAACUGCAAUAACCUCCAGUGAGCCGUCUGUUCCAUAUUCAACGACCCGAGAUUCACGAAAUGACCCAGAGGGCAUUCAAAUCACCAGAAAAUUGCGAGUAGUUCCUGAACAGUUAGAGUGUCCAGUUAAUCGAGAUCUACGAGUCGUCUCAAAACAAUCAGAGGAACUUCCAGCAACUCGAGAAUUGCGAGUAGUUCAAGAACAAUCAGAAGCACUUCCAGUUACUCCAGAUUUGCGAGUAGACCCCCAAAAAUCAGAUGCCCAAGAGGUAACUCGAGAUUUGCGAGUAGUCCCCGCUCAAUCUGUACCACUUCUUUCAACACGAGGUCCGCAAGUUAUCCCAGCAAAUAUAAGAACAGCUCCAUCAAAUGCAGCAUACCAAGCAAGUUCAGCUCAAGAAAGACAUGAAGCACGGAGCGCUAGGGAUCAACCGACAAAACCGUCCAACUCAGAUGUUGAUAAUGAUGACGAGAAGAUAAAUGCUGAAAGUUUACAUCCGCGAAAAGACUCAACCGAGAGAAGAUCGAUUGAGUAUGACGGCCCAAGUGCUUUCAAAAUUGCAGCAAAACGAGACCACAAUGGCAAUUUAAAAAGCUCUUUCUCCGAGGAGCUGGACUAUGAACGUAGAGUUGAGAAACUGCGGCUUGGUAGUGAACGUUGGGAUAGAGAGGGUUUGGAAAUAGAUAUAAGGAGGCGUAGCCGAGUGUUAAGUGAUUCUGAAGUGCAAGGGUACAAGGAAAGAAGACUAAGUUAUGAAGAUAAUGGAAGAGUUCGUCAAGAAAUUGAAAUAGAUCGGGUGAGAGAGAAUGUUGGUGCUCGUUGUGAUGUAAUCAAAUGCAGAACAGAUGACGCAUCUACAGUCCCAAAAGACAGAGCAAGUUUUGCAGGUGUUUCACCAGAGUUCAUGUACGGUAAAACUAGCGACGUCUGUAAACCCACAAGCGUCCAUCACGCAGAACUUAUUAGAACAAUGGAUCCGUAUAUAGGUGUGAACUCAUGCGUACCGCCGUAUUACCGCGUGUCACACAUGCUCGCAGGCGAGCCUGGUGUACCCAUAGGGUACCCACCAAGACAAUUAGAUCCCGAGUUACUGCGUUAUGUAAUGUACUGUAACGGCACGAAAGAGACCGUUAAGUCACCCACAUGGGGCGACGAGAUGGCUGCGAAUAAGCCACCACACUAUAGCUGGGAUACCUACGGUUAUGACGCAUGCGCCGUCCUACCCGAGCACGCACUGAUACAAGGUUACAUGGCGCAAGGAGGCCUGGGUAGGAAGGACCAGGGGGGUGUCAACAGAUACAAGUGCGGCCUUUGCAACGCUUCGUUUUCGCUGCAGCGCCUUUUGAACAGACACAUGAAGACGCACUCGUUCUACAAGCGCUACCAUUGCCAGUUCUGCGGCAAAGGCUUCAACGACACGUUCGACCUGAAGCGGCACAUCCGCACGCACACGGGCAUCAAGCCAUUCAAGUGCGACCGCUGCGACAAGGCGUUCACUCAGCGGUGUUCCCUCGAGGCGCACCUGACACGUGUGCACAGCGUGGUUCACAAGUACGGCUUCCGCGAGAGGCGAGAUAAGAUGUUCGUCUGCGAGGACUGCGGCAUCACUUUCAAGGAGAAUCAAGCGGAGUACAGGCAGCACGUGGCGUCGCAUCACCCGGAGACAGACAAAAUACUCAGGCUACGCAGGAAUGGUUUCCCCGCGUGACGUCAUGAACUACCAAAAAGUCGUGGCGUCCCACCAACAGGAAACGAACAGGGUACUAAGGCUGAAUGGAAAUGCCCCUCCCCAUCGUCCUGUCGUCAUCGUGACGUCAUAUUCCAUCAGGAUGAAUAUGAUGUCUUACCUAAAAAGAGGCUAAAAAGAUGCAGAGACUUCCCAAAAACGGCUCUGUGCUUUGACGUUAUCAUGACGUAAAAUUACUUCAGAAUAUAGCGAAAAUAAAAUUGUAAUUUUGCGGUUGCACAGCAGCGUGCUUGGUUUGCAUUGUAGACAAUUGACACUAAGAUAACAGCUGUUGUGCAAUGAGGUAAUUUAAAGGCUGUACUGAAAUUGCUUUCUUUGACAUUAUAAAUCGAAACGUGGUGAUCUGGUAUCAAGGAACAAGCCAAUAUAUUUUUUUCCAAAAAAAUAGAACUAUAUAUAAUUCUCUCUACCAAUGAAUGAGCUAAGAACAAAUAUGAAAAUGUAAAUAGAACUAAGCAAAUAAAUAAAUAAAUGAGAUAAGAUUAAAUUAUUGUAUGAAA